GAAAAUUGAUUAUGGUGAUCGUGUCGUGAUUUUGCCCCUGGGCUUACUAUAUUAUUUGUAUGUACCAAUUUACUACGAUUUUAUCAAGAAACAAUAAUUAAGAAUUUUUUUGAUUUUAAAUAAUUUUAAAUUGAAUGUAUUUGGUAUUAUGGGUUAACGACAUGUGUCACAUUAAUUCUUAGAUAUUGUGACCAACAACAAUAUGUAUUCGAUGCGCAGAAAGUGGAUUUUUGAAGGAUAAUUAUUUUCUGAUUUAGUUAUAGCAAUGUCUAGUUCAGAAGCUCAAGAUAGAUUAAAGUUAUAUAAGUUUACAAAGAUAUUGACUUUGAAAGUUGCUCAAAUAGUCGUGCAAAGUCGGCAAGGUAAAAAAAUUAGCCAUGUUUACAAUACGUCUAAAUUAUCAGACGAUAUAACUGAUGCGGCAGCUUCACCAAACAACUUACAAUGGUUUAAUCUAUCCAUACCGGAUGUUCCUGAAGUGAACAAUGACACUAAGCGAGUUUUAAAUGGCGAAGUAGUUGAAGCUUUAUCAAAUGUAUUAUGUAUAGAAAUUUCUUUGAGAACAAAUGAUGGAGAUGAGAUGGUAUUGGAGCUGUGGACCAUCAAGAUGGUUCCUGGCUGUGAUGCAACUAUUUCAUCAAUAUCCACCAUAUACUAUCGCAUGAGCAUAAUGCUGAAAUCAACUCUCAGUAUAUCAAGGAUAACACCGGCUUAUAAGAUGUCACGGCUACAAAAUAAGGACAGUUAUAAAAUCUCACACAAAAUAUAUGGUGGCAAGCCAAAUUUUGACUUGCUAGGUGAAAAAUAUAAAAACAUCAAAGUGAGUGAAUUACGCAUGCCUAUCGGUAUGAUACAAAUUGAAGUAGUUUAUAGGACUGAAAUGGCAAUAUUGCCUGAGCCCCGAGGAAGAGCACCUAGUUAUGGAGAAGUUCAAAAUAUAUCUAACAGUGAUAUUAUGGUUAAAAGUGAUCAUUUCCCUAGAGAAAGUCCUAGGAAAAACCACAAUGAAAAGAAGAAGGUAGAUCUUUCUAAACCAUUGACAGCUGGUGCAUUUGUAGACACAGUAAAAAUUAAAGAAUUGCAUGAUGCUUUGAGUCAGCAAUUACCUCCUGAACCUCCAAUGGCAUGGCUUCUUGCAGAAAAAGACAAAAUGGAGAAAAAAAUGAAGCUCUUGUCAAUGGCUGAGGUGCUCGCAAAACCUGGGCCAAGUACGGAGACAUCAAACGCUCUAGCACAAUAUGCUAGCAAAGCGGUUGAGAUGCCAAAGCCUAAAGACAAAUAUGCAAGCUUAAUGGAGUUCCCAUUCGCGGACGGCAGCCCCAUAACAGAGCUGGCUAACUUCUACCAGGAGUGCUUGCAAGCGCGGUCAGCGAGCGACGCAUGGACGGACGUUGAGUCAGUUUCCACUGACUCGGAGACGCUCAGCCAGCAACUCAAGAUGUAUGAAGACGCGGUACCGGAGUUCGAUAGUAUGGUCGAGUCUAUGUUCAGUAACCCGGAGUAUAGCUCGGAUCACUCCUAAAGCAUAUUGGAACGGACAAACAGACAUACGCACCUGGGUCACAUUUCGGAGUCGUGACAUAAUCUGUGUAAUGUCAUGUCAUCUUUCCACGUCGCGUUCUCUCCUUUCAGGGAGAGGUGCGGAGUGUCCAUACUUUACGCUUGUAGCGAUAGAACUCAUUAUUAUGCUAAGCCUGGGUAUAGAAAUUUGAUUCAACAGUGAUAUAUAAUAUUUAUUACAAAAACGUAUCAUGAAAUAGGGAAAUCUUGUGGGGUUCGUUUAUCCUCUGAAAUGUGGCAUAUAAUAGUUCUUUUUUUUGGAAUUGUUGACAUAUAUUUGUCCAAACGGACAAAUUUGUAGACACAAAUUAUACCGUUGAAUGAAAGUAUCAAAAGCAUCUUUAUUCAUACAAAAGGAAGGUAGAAAGAAAUUAUUUAGUAUAGUAGACAUUGAUUUAUAUUUAAAAAGGCUCUCUUAUCAUUACUACUAUUUGUUUGUAUGUGUAACUCUGUAGUCUCGAGUAUUAUUUUUUUUUACGAGAGGUACAGAAUAUAAAAAUCAACAACAUUACCAAAAUAAAUAGUUUUGAACAUUGAGAUAUCUUUCGACAUUUCUCGAAACAAUCGUGUUAAAUUCAUCAUUUAGACCGUUUUAUGAUCUACACAAGUAAUGUGUAUUUUAUAAAAAAUUAUUAGAAAAUAAUUGAUCCUUAUUUCUAUCACUACAUUAACAAGAUUCUGUUGACAAAACAGAGUUUGCUUUUAUAAAGCUCACAACUGAUUCAAUAUUUUUAUGGAUUUCCUUUAACAAAGCAAUAGUUUUAUUAAUAUACAAUGCUUGUGACUUUUAUUACAAAUCAAACAUCAUAAAAUCAUAAGCUAGGUCGGAGUUACACAUUAAUUAUGUUUGAAAAUUGUGACUUGUGAAGCAUUUAGAUUCGACUUCCAUGUGUGAUAACUAUUUAAUUUAAAUACGAACGAAUAUAAAACAAAGGUAUCGAAAUAGAAAUAGAAACAGAGGCUCAAAACUCUUUAUCUUAACUUCCCUUAACUCAAAUUCUUUCUAAUAAUCUCAGUGCUUCGGGAAUGAAUCAAAAUAGAGGCGUGACAUGUGAAGUGUGAAUUCUCGUCUAAGUUUAAUUACCCGUGUUUGUACAAUAGAUGAAUAAAUAUCAUGUUUGUUGUAGAAAAUAUUUUAAUAAACAUAGAAAAAAUGUAAUCAAAUUAAAAUAUAUUUUAGUCUAAUGUGAUCAACGUCGAUCACAUAUUACAAUGUUGAUGUUGAAAUUUGAUAUACAAUGUUGUUGCAUUCCAAUAUUAGAUGAUUAUUAUGAUCGAUCUUUAGCUGACUUUGCAUAAAGUUUAUUAUAAACGUUUGAACAAAAUGCUAUGAAUUAUGAUUAUAUGAACUUAACAAAAUGUGUAACUGUACAAGUUAUGAAAUUAUUAUUGUAGUCAUACUUUAGAUUUUCGACUCAUACGAAAUCUCUGCCUUAUUCCUUGAUUCAUUUUAUAUAGAAAUAUUAAUAUUACACUGGUUGUUAAGUAAGUUCUAUGAAGGAAAUGAACUAGAUUUUGUAGCACCUGGGACCAGGGUAUUACAGUCGAAUAUGACACACAUACGGACAUGA